AUGGCCGUCGCCAAGUAUCUCAUCCUCUCGCUGACGGUGUUCUUCGCCGUCAGCAUGACGUCGUCCGCGCAGCGCAUCGGGCCGUUCGACUGUGAAGUGUGCCAGUUGAACGCCAACACCGGAGUAAAGAGCUGCAGCUUCUUUUACUACGAGGGAGUGAACAACGACUGCAACAACGCUGCGGGCUUCUCAUGCAAUGCGUGCCCUGCGGGUACGCCCGGCAAGGACCCCGACUGCGCCUGCUCGAAAAAGUGCCAGAUUGACCCCAUUGACAAGUCUACUCUGUGGCACUGCGAGUGCAACGUUAAAAAACAAGGUACUGCCUGCUCAGACCCCCACUUCCGGGGCGCCUUCGGAAUCGAGUACGACUUCCAUGGACUUCCCAACAAGCACUUCAGCCUGGUGACGGACAAAGACAUCAAUGUGAACGCGCACUUCAUUGGCCAGGACGGAAAGGCGACCGGCUUCGACGGAACCUGGAUCUCCGCUCUCGGCUUCAAAUGGAACGAAGGGGCCAACGAGAGGGAGCUGACCGUUGAAGUCAAGCAGUCCGCCGACCUCUCGACCAACGAAUCGCCCUUCGUCUUCCGCCUCGGCGACCGGGAGCUCGCCCCGGGAGCCAACUCUACCGGUCGCACCCUGUACGAUGACGUCGGCCUGACGGUCCGCCGCUAUGCUGACGCCAGCAGCUACUACAUCGACAUCGCUGACCACCUCAACAUCACCGUCGCCGCGGCUGAACACGACCACCCCCAUGGAAACCACAUCGACAUCAGGAUUGAGAAGCUUUACGUCACGGAAACCGUCCACGGCGCCCUGGGCCAGACCUUCGCCGAGUCGCGCCGCGACGCGCUCCGCGCGGCCGCGGCCGACGUCGGCACCGCCGAACGCUUCGAUGCGUCUGACGUCAUCGAGGGCAAGGACGUCGACUACAUGACGUCAGGCCUUCUGGCGACCGACUCCAAGUUCAACCGGUACGUAGCGGCGGCUCAGUCGGCAGCAAAUGUCCUGAAGAUGAACGUCAUGCGCCGACUCCUGAGCGACCGGUUGGACGUGGCGGAUGCGGUACCGGUAGAGACCGUUGGGUUUGCGUGUGAUAACAUGGACGGUCGCCUCAAGUGCCGUAUGUAA